ACUUGCCACCAGGAGACCUGCCUCGAGUGUUCCAGUGCAACACGUAACAUGCCGCUAUGUUUAAACGGACUUUCGAGAAGUGAAGUUUUCUCAAACGAGCCUCUAAUACUUCGUCCAGACGGCGGGUUUCCGCUUUCUCACUGCCGCAACGGAGUCGAACCGCGCCCUGAAAGGAGCCCUCAUUGAACAGAACAUCAACCUAAAGCCAAGACAUGUACUCUCUCCAAUCUUUCCUCGCCGCCUCCACUGCUCCGGCGAAUGAUCUCCGUCAUCUUUUCCGAUUGAACAUUCACAAGACGCCGCCGUUCAACCCACGUCAAAUUCCUCACAUUUCCUCCUGUCUGGUUUCCGAAGAGAAGUCCCCUUCCUCCAUCUCUUCGUUGAACCGGACGCUAUCUGCGGAGAGCAAAGAUCUAAUUGACCGAGAAAAGAGGGUUUUGAUAGGGACUUACGCUAGGGCUCCGGUCGUUCUUGUCAGGGGCAAAGGCUGCAAAGUGUAUGACGUUGAUGGUAUGGAAUAUUUGGAUAUGGCAGCGGGGAUUGCCGUGAACUCGCUUGGUCAUGGUGAUGGUGACUGGGUGAACGCGUUAGUGGAACAGGCUAACAGUCUUGCACAUGUCAGUAAUAUGUACUAUUCAGAACCCCAGGUCUUACUUGCAGAACACUUAAUAGAGUGCUCCUUUGCCGAUCGUGUUUUCUUUACAAAUUCUGGAACAGAAGCAAAUGAAGCAGCUAUAAAGUUUGCUAGGAAAUUUCAGAGAUUCUCACAUGAUAGUAGCACACAUGCCACAGAGUUCGUUUCUUUCAGUAAUAGUUUUCAUGGGCGGACAAUGGGUGCACUUGCUCUGACCAGUAAAGAGAAUUAUAGGCAACCAUUUGAGCCUCUCAUGCCUGGAGUCCAAUUUGUAAAGUAUGGAGACAUUGAUGGCGCUAAGAAAGCAAUAGUGCCUGGUAAAACAGCUGCAGUUUUUGUGGAGCCUAUCCAGGGUGAAGGUGGAAUACAUAGUGCAGCUAAGGAAUUUCUGCAGACAUUGCGUUCUGCUUGUGAUGAUGCUGGAGCUCUCCUGAUUUUUGAUGAGGUUCAAUGUGGACUUGGGCGAACAGGCCAUCUCUGGGCACACGAACGCUACGGUGUUGUUCCUGACAUAAUGACCCUCGCCAAGCCUCUUGCCGGAGGCCUCCCGAUCGGCAUUGCACUCACAACUGAAAAAGUUGCUGCUGCAAUAAACUAUGGUGACCACGGUAGCACUUUUGCCGGCAGUCCCCUCGUGUGCCAUGCAGCACUCACAGUUCUGAAGAAGAUAAAGGAGCCCAGCUUCUUGUCAGCUGUUGCCAACAAGGGCACUUUCUUCAAAGAACUACUCAUUCAAAAGCUGGGAGCAAAGUCUCAUGUCAAGGAAGUGCGCGGUGUUGGGCUCAUUGUUGGCAUUGAGUUAGACGUGCCUGCUUCGCCGUUAGUCGACGCGUGUAGGUUGCUGGGACUUCUGGUGCUGACGGCUGGGAAAGGGAAUGUGGUGAGGUUAGUUCCACCAUUGAUUAUAUCUGAAGAGGAGCUGAAACAAGCAGCUGACAUUAUUGAGAGGUGUUUGCCUGCACUUGAUGGUGAUGGUGUGCAUUAAGCAUCAGAAUUAGAGUUUUGCCUAGAAUUAUUAUGUUAUUUGUGUCAGUAAUAGUGGCAGAAACUUGGAUUUGUUCAUUUAGUUUGUUUUCGUAUUGUUGUUUAAAAUGGUAAGAAAAGCUGAUCAUUAUAUCAUUCAAUCAACAUCUGUAUGACCAAGCAAGUAUGCGUUUAAACUGA